AUGAGGCAUACUCAAGUCCUCAUAUCAGUCCUGUUACUCCUUCUCCCAGCUGCUGUGUCUUCCUUCCCAGAAGUGCACGGAGUGGUUGGUCACCCUGUGACACUGCCAUGUAGUUAUCCAGUGCCUAAUGGCAUCUCCUCCAUGUGUUGGGGCCGAGGGGAAUGUAGGGAUACAUGUGGACAAACACUUAUCUGGACUGAUGGCCACAGGAUCUACUAUCAGACAAGCAAUCGCUACCAGCUUAAGGGACAGAAUCUUGAAGGACAUGUGUCCUUGACCAUUAAGAAUGUCACUGUGAGUGACAGUGGUCUCUACUGCUGUCGAGUGGAAAUGAAGGGCCCGAAUGGUGUACAGAAACUGACCAUCUCACUGCAAGUUCAGCCAGAAAUUCCAACAAGUCCUCCAAGGGGACACACAACGAUCACAACAUCCACAACUACUUCAACAAGACUCACAGGUGCUCCAAAAUCAACCAGAAUCUCUACCUCUACUCCUCUACCACCAUCAGACACACUGACACCCAAACCAGGUUAUCUGGAAGUACAGAUUAGAUUGGAACAGCAUUGUGACAUCUUCAGACCACGCUUGGAACAAUCACACUGUAAGCAUAUUCCUCCCUGUGUCCAUAACCAGGUUCCCUUGUCUUUAAAGACUUUGCCUGAAGUUUUCCCAACAAAGAUACCAUUGAGGGACACCACUAAAAUCACCUAUGUUGGAAUCUCCAUUGCCAUCUUGUUGCUGCUGCUUCUUGCAAGUGUCCUGAUUUUUGCCAGUGAGUAG